CGUCAACACAGAGAUCUUGCUGUGCGGCAUGUGACACAUCACGUGGCAAAUGUUGCAUAAAAUACAAAAGAUAGGAAGAGUCAGCACAGGAGGACAAAUUAAACAACUAAUAUUAGUAGAUAUCUGAGAGCAGACAGACUGAAGGUUCAUGUGACUCGGCACAAACUAAAGGGCUCUUUGAGAAGAGAGAGAAGGAGAGGAGGGAGAAGGAGAGAAUGAGAGAAUGAAAAAAUGACGAGGAGAAAAAGAGAAGCAAAUCAAGCCCCCUUACCCCCAACCUCCUGACUGUAUCCUUCUUCUGUAGUAUUGAUGAAGCUAAAUAUUUUCCAGAGGUUCAUACACAAGUCACAUGAGCGCUAUGUCUUUGAUAUUCAAUCAUAAUUUACUAUUUAGGCUGCAGGGAGGUUAAUGUGUAACAAAUCAACAGAAAAUGUCAUUAUAUAUCUAUAUUAUAUAUAAAGGUCUGGUUUCACAGGAGAACAGGUUGAAAAUAUUUUUUUAUAUUCUCAUCUGUGGAUUUGUAAACUCAAAGGUCCCUGGAUUUGCAGCUUCAAAUUAACUUUUUAUGACAGUAUCUGAUUAUUGAUGGUGCUUCUGUUCCUGAGUCAUGACACUGAAUGUUGAAGGGCACUGGAUGACGGGAGAAGAUCAUCCUGCUGCCUUUAAGAAGACAGGGAGUCUCAAAGCCUGAAAUAACCACGGAGCCACAAACGGCCAUCACAUGUUUUAGAAAGUGGAAUCAAACCUCAACUGAAUUCACAGGUGUCACAAUAAUUCUUAUAAAUAUGCCUUCCAACUCAUUUUCAGUGUCAAGCAAGCAGAAUGUAACAACACAAUAAUCAUAAUAUUAAUAGGGGGGGGGACUGAUUGCAUCUGAUCAUACGAGUCUCUCGAUUUUUUUCUCUUGCAAAUUUAAUAUCCAGGUAGUGCAUGUUUAGAAGCUGAUAAGCAGCGAGUGUUUCUAUAUUUAAAAAAUACCUGCCAAUGUCGUCUCUAACUUUUACUUAUUUAUUAAAUUUUCAUUUGGAACUGGCACUGAUUUUGCAAAGUUUAAAAUAUGUCAAUAAAAUACAGUCGAGCAAUCUCCACAGUGCAUUUUCAUCAGGGAACAUGAAAGGGAGUCUUUGAUCCAUUGGUCCUUGAUGCUGGGUGGAGGCUGAGAGGCGACUGUGAGAGAACUCAUCCUCCUCUUCCUCCUCCUCAGAAGAACCAUCCUCGGAGCUGAACUAGGCCUCACAGAAGCAAGGAGUCCUUGUACUACACUUGCAUGUGGAAAGACGCGCAUCAUGUUGCAGAGACUGUGCAUUUUUCAGAGAGUCGUCCAGCCGUUUAUCUGGAGACGCCAAGAGACCACUAAACGGCUGGUUCCUGGGCUCCCGACCGCGCUGCCGGAUGGACACCGAGCCGCCGGGCACAGGAGCGGAUCAAGUUCUCCAAAUGUGACAGAGCGGACUCUCAUUGCUGUGAAGCCAGAUGGAGUUCAACGUCGUCUUGUAGGACAAAUAAUUCGGCGGUUUGAGCAGCGCGGCUUCAAGCUGGUUGGUCUGAAGAUGUUGCAGGUGUCCGAGGAUCUCCUGGCUCAACACUACUGUGAACUGAGGACAAAGCCCUUCUACCCCAGUCUGCAACAGUACAUGACCUCAGGACCUGUGGUCAUCAUGGUGUGGGAAGGGUACAAUGUUGUCCGGACCUCACGCACCAUGGUGGGACAUACGAACCCAGCCGAGGCCCAGGCAGGCACAGUCAGAGGAGACUUCGGCAUUCAUGUCAGCAGGAAUGUGGUCCAUGCCAGUGAUUCACUGGAGGGGGCUCAAAGGGAGAUCAAGCUGUGGUUUCAGGGAAAAGACCUCCUGAAGUGGGAUUGCUGUGACCAGACCAGCACCUGUGAAGACGAGGAGAGUUGAACGCAGUGAGAAUCAGUGAUGCUGCCUCUUCUCCUGCUGCUUCUGACAGUGUGACCAAAGUGAUCGGAAAAAAAAAACAUAUUCAGUGUUCCCACCAAAAAAUAAGUGCACUUAGCAUAGAGUCACAAAGAUUCAUUUUUGUUUUGUUUUUUACAUUUUUUUACAAUUUUAUUUAAUUCAAGCUACUUUGGCAACUGUGCACAUUAAUAACAGUUGCAUCUUUCCUCACUUGAUUUUAUGAUUGCAAGAGGCUCCAGCAGGUUUUGCAUUAGAAUGCGUCCCACAAUCAUCUAAAACACUGUUGUCUUUGUGACCAAUGCUUAUAAAGUGGUGUGCUUGUAUAUAUUAGACAUUGCGGCAUAAAUCAUAAUGAAUGAUAAUCUAAAUUGCUAAUGGUCUAAAUAGUAUUAACAGUUAAAAGUUAUCGAACAUGAUACUGAGCAAGAUGCUGAGACCCCUGUGUACCACUGAUGUAUGAGUAUGUGUGUGACAGAGAAUUGCUGUAUGAAUGUGUAUGAAUGGAUGUAAAGCACUUUGAGUCGUCACCAGGACUAGAACAACGACUGUAUUGCCAGAAUGGCAAUCAGUAGAGCACGUACCUCUGCCAAGGCCCAACAGUCCCCUUAAAUGUAAUCAAGCUGCAUCAAAUUACACACACUCAUAGAUAUCAGUUCCCUAAACAUGCCAGAUUUUGUCAUCAAGAUCCAUAUAUUAUUUACUUGGAAAUGGGUGAAAAUGUCAAAAGAGCUCACAAUGUUUAAUGAAAGUGAAAAAUAUUCCUGCAUCUACCCCUUUGUCCAGAUACGCACUAAAAUUUAAUGGGUUCUUUCUUGGCCCAUGUCCCGUCCUUCUGCCAAGUUUCAUAGAAAUCUGUUCAGGAGUUUGUGUGUAGUCCCGCUGACAAACAAACAGACACGGUCAAAAACAUAAUCUUGUUGGCCCAACAACAACAGCCAAAACCCCAAAGUCCCCAUAAAUUAAAUAAGACCUAAAUAUGCACUUUUUUUGUCAUCAACAUCCAUCCAUUAUUCCCUCCACCAUUUUGGAAACAGUUGGGAAUUAAAACUUGUAAGUUAACAAAGCCUUUGCUGCGAAGGAAUAAUUAGUAAAAUGUAAUAUGUUAUUCUCAUGUGACAAAUUAUAUCUAAUAGUGUUAUGUUCUACGGGUAUUUAGUGCAACAGGAUGAAGAAUCUUGACUCUACUUGAAUCUUGUCAUCAAAUACUUUGUGUGCUUAGUCUACUUGACUAAAAGUUUAAUCAUGUAGAUAUGUGUAAUUGAAAUCAAUAAGAAAAACCCCUGUGGAGCAGAAAAAAAAAAAACCUUAAAUAGGAGAGUGAGCAG